AGUUCAACUGCGACGUAUGACAAAAUGGAGCAGCUGAAUAACGCUAUUAUGAAGAGAUACUCGAAAGAGCGUAAAGUUGGUGAGGGUACAUAUGCGUCAGUAUACCAGGGCCAUUGUGUAGAGACAGGAAGAAUGGUAGCUAUUAAGAAGAUUAAAAUUGGACAGUUCAAAGAUGGCCUUGAUAUGUCUGCCGUGCGAGAAGUAAAAUUCCUGCAGGAGUUGAAGCAUGAGAACGUAAUAGAAAUGUUAGACGUCUUCUCUGCCAAACAAAACCUUAACCUCGUAUUGGAAUUCCUGACUACCGACCUAGAACUCAUUAUUAAAGAUCGCUCUAUCAUUUUCAGACCAGGUGAUAUUAAAUCUUGGAUGGCUAUGACCCUUCGAGGCGUAGACUGGUGCCACCGUCAUUUCGUACUACACAGGGAUUUGAAGCCUAACAAUUUACUUAUCAAUGACAAAGGUAUCCUUAAAGUAGCUGAUUUCGGUCUUGCGAGAGAUGUUGCUGAGCCCGGCAUGAAAAUGACCUCGCAAGUUAUCACUCGGUGGUACAGACCACCCGAAUUACUCUUCGGUGCACGCGCAUACUCCUCUUCAGUCGAUAUAUGGAGUGUUGGCUGUAUUUUCGCGGAACUAAUGCUUAGAACUCCUUACAUGCCUGGCGAGAAUGACAUAGAACAGUUAAACACGAUAUUUAGGGCAUUGGGCACACCAAAAGAGAGUGAUUGGCCUGGACAUACCUCACUACCAUCAUAUAUCAAGUUCAAAGACUACCCUAAACAGCCACUUGAGGAUCUUUUCAGUGCGGCUGGUAAUGAUGCCAUUGAAUUACUGGCAAAGUGUCUUCUUUAUAAUCCACAUGAACGAAUAACAGCUAAAGAGGCUUUGAGAUUGCCUUACUUUUCUAAUCAACCGAAACCUACGCCACCACCUUUACUUCCAAAACCAUUAAAGCAGCUCGAGCCAAGGCCGUUGCAGCCUGAUGUUGUAGCAAAGCAACAAGGUGCCAAUAAGCGCAAAGCGGGUCAUGAACAAGAUGGCAAGCCCGAUCUUAGAAAAGUUGCACGCAAACUGGACUUCAAGUAGUAAAUUAUGUAUAAUUAUGUACAAUGCAC